AUACAAUACCGUACAGUACACAGACGUAAAAGAUUGGGCCAUGAUGGCGCUAUGCCUGAAACAGACGCGCUAGACCAAGCUUGGCCGACCGCAGGGUAUUUCGGUAUUGCAAAACCACCCCAAGUCGGCCAGUGACUCAAUUCAUCGCCACUACAUCUCCCAUCGAGCCUCCUCGGAGGCAUUAUAUGUAUCAUUGGAAACUGGGCUUCUUCAACGGCAUUGGUUUUACUUAAUUGACGACCUAGUUUGGUUGGUUCCAUUGGACUUUCGUGCUUUCGAGACUCUGGAUUCAGAAAUUGAUCACUAGUCCAUCGUACCCACAGGAUUCUAUUGUUUCCAGGUAUCUACUUCGACUAUUUCUAAACUGCUGGACAGUUGAUCGUGAUCUUGACCGACAUUUUACGGGAGCAGCUGUAGUAAAGACUCAAGAUGAUAGAGACCGCCCAUCCCUACGUGAAGGAGCUCGAGAUUGCUUGCCUAGCGGUGCAAAGAGCUACCUUGUUGACGAAAAAGGUGCUCGAUGCGGUCGACAAGGGGGCCUUGGACAAAAGCGACUCGAGCCCUGUGACCAUUGCGGACUUUGCUGCCCAAGCAUUGAUCAUUGGGGCAAUCCAUCGUGCGUUCCCGGACGAUGACAUUGUGGGCGAAGAAGACUCUAAGGCUCUCCGGGCGAACGAGGCCCUGCUCGAGCGUACGUGGGAGCUCGUCUCCUCCAUCCAUCUCAACGAUGAGACGAGUGAGGCGCUCCUUUACUCCCCGAAGGACAAGGAGGAGAUGCUCGACUUAAUUGAUUUGGGUGCCCGCGGCACCUGUAACCGGGAGAACCGCUCGUGGGUCUUGGACCCGGUAGAUGGCACUGCAACGUUUAUUAAUGGACAGCAGUAUGCGGUCUGCCUGGCACUUGUAGAGAACGGGGUCCAAAGGCUCGGCGUUCUGGGGGCUCCCAAUCUCAACCUUGAAACGGGCCGCAUGCACGAGGAUAUUGUGGACCGGGAUGGGUAUGGGUCUCAACUCUUCGCCGUUGCCGGUCACGGUGCGUUCAUGCGGAAGAUGGGUACCGGGGCCCUCCUGCCCGCUAACCGCAUCGAUGCCAAGCCUCAGAUCACCGACCCUAAGGAUCUUGACUUGGUGGAUUGCGUGGCGGCCACUUCCUCGAAUAUUGUCGCGCAUGAACGCCUUGCGUCCCACCUUGGCGCGCCGUGGCCACACACGACGGAUCUUUGGGCGGCCCAGCUGCGAUAUGUCGCCAUUGCGGUCGGUGGCUGCAAUACCUUGAUCAAGAUCCCACGCAACGCGUCCUAUCGAUCGAAAAUGUGGGAUCACGCAGGGGGCAUGCUGAUCGUGCAGGAGCUAGGAUGUACCGUCAGCGACCUUGCCGGCAAUCCGGUGGACUGCGGCCUCGGCAGGACCCUGGCCGGGUGUUACGGAAUGAUAGUGGCGCCGGCCUCCAUCCACGGACGGCUGGUUGAAGCCGUAAAACAGAUCAUGUAGAACGAAUACAAAUCU